AUGGACGAAACUUAUAAAGUCAUACAAAAGCCAUCUAAAACUUCAAGAGAUACUGAAGAAACAAGACUAGAAGAAUCCUUAAAAAACCCUAUGAAGCCUAUUAUUGAAGCCCACACUGAGCUCCAAAUUGCUUACAAAGAUCUAGACGUGAUGAUUGAUGAUGUGGUAUCAAGAAAUGAAUGGAUCCUAAACAGUAAUUUCUAGCCAGAUAAAUACCUGGACCAUCUACACCAACAAGAAGCAAAACUCCACAAUCUUAAAGAAAAGCUGGUUCAAGCCAAUUUUGAGAUAGAAAAUAACCCAGAGGUAUAUCAUCUUAAUGAACAAAUGAAAAGUUAUACAAAUCAAUUUGAAACACUAUCAAGAUUCAAUACACAACUAAAAGCUCAGGAAUCUCAAUACAGAGCUCAGUAUUCAGAAGAAGAAAAACAAGCUUUUAUUCUAAAACAAACCUUAAAAGAACUCUCCAAAGAAAAUCUGAAAUUAUCUUAUCAGUUAGAAGAAAAAAAACCUAAACAAAAAUUAUUGGAAAGCUUAAAAAAUAAACUUCCACAAAUUUUAUCAAAAUAUUCACAAAGCAAUUUUUCACAAAUUCCGACAAUUCAUUUUGAGGUUAUGAAUCAAGACCAGCAGCUGGAAUGUUAUCAUUUAAUUGAAGACGUAGAAAAUCUUAAAAAAGAGCUCUACAAGCUUCGAGAAGAAAGCCAAAAUCUCGGCAGCCUUCAAGGUGCUUUUUUAAACGAGCAACGAAAAUUAGAAAUUUUUUUCCAAGACUGCAUAAAUUCAGCCAAACAAGAACUUUUAAAAAACCAACAAAUGCCUCAGAUUUCUAAACGUGGCCUUGCUGGCUCUCUUUUCUUCGAGCUCGUCCAUAGUGAACAAGCCAGCAACCGUACAGCCCCAACUGGCUAUUUAAAAGAGCGAAACAAGCGAAGUGCUUUACAAGAAAGAGACUGCAAAAACGUCGUAUAUUACACAGUAAAAAGAAUGAUGAGAACAGCCAGAGAUGAAACCAGAAACCAGCAGCUCUGUAAGCUAAAAUUGCCUUGAAAUGAUUUUCACGAUUUCAGCACAUUGCAGUUAAUGGGACUUUUGUGUAUGAGGACUGACGUUUUGUCGAUGCUUCACCAAAUUGUAUUUCCCGCCAAUGUUUUGCAUUUUACUAUACAAGAGGAUGUCAGCCCUUCACCUAAGCCGACACCAAAUUCAAAACAAAGGAAAAUGCCACCGAGAGAGCUAUCACUAAAAUCGUCAAAAAUAGGAAAAGAGCUGAUGUCGAAGCAUAAAAUGUUUUAA